GAUCGCAUUUGCUGUGUUAAUGACCUUCUCGUUACUGGCGAUUACAGUGAAGAUCCAGAUCUCGAUAUUAACCUAUGUGCCCGGGAUAUUUUCAAGUCUGGAUAUUUCUUCAUUGAAGACAUCUUUUAUGAUGACACAAGACAUGCUGACAGUCCAAAAUAUAGCGAUGAAGUAAUUGCAUGGGCAGCCAAAUCAGGGACCCAUUACAAAAGUCUGCCAAUGGAAGACACCAAGUUCAGUGACCUCAGCUUAAGGAUUGGUUACCCUUUUGUCUACAUGCACCAGGGUAACUGUGAACACCUGCUUGUGGUGUCUGAUAUACGCAUGCUGCAUCCUCACGACAGCUUCAAUAUACUCGAUUAUCCUUACUUAGUGAAACGGCCAAGCAAGAAACGAACCAUUUGCAGGAUUUGUGCUUUUGAUUCCGCAAGAUGGAUGACGGAGGGAAGUGUUAAUUCUUUAGAAGAUCCAUCAUUUUACUGUCAAGUGUGUUUUCGAUCGAUACAUUAUGAUCAAAAUGGCAAGAAAAUUGGAAACUUUAAAGCCUACAAAUAUUUUGAUUCUCACACGGUUUUAUAAAUAAAAAUAAUUUUUUUUUUAUUGAUCUUUUGUUUUCUAGAAAA